AUGGGCUUGCCGCGGUGUGUGCGACUCCUAUCAGUCACCCACGGGCUGCUCUCGGCUCCCCGGCGGGACCUGGGGGUCCACGGCCCCGAGGAGGCCCUGCCGGUGGUGCGCAUCCCGCGGGCUCUACAGCGGCGACAGGAGCAGCGGCAGAGCGGGCGGCGGAGUAGUCCGCAGCCGGUGCUAGCGCGGCCAGGUCCGUUACUGGUGUCCGCUCGGCGACCGGAGCUGAGCCAACCGGCGCGCCUCACGCUGGGCCGUUGGGAGCGCGCGCCGCUCGCCUCCCGCGGCUGGAAGCAUCGGCGCGCGCGCGGGGAUCACUUCUCCAUCGAGCGCGACCAACCGCUGGCGCCCGCGCUGCGAAACCGCGCCUCCCAGGACACUUUCGCAAACCUGGGCCUCGAGCCCCGAGUGCUGGACGCCCUGCGGGAGGCUGCGCCCGAGGUGGUGAGCCCGACGACCGUGCAGCUGAGCACCAUCCCGCCGCUCCUUCGCGGCCGCCACGUGCUUUGCGCGGCGGAAACCGGCAGUGGAAAGACGCUCAGCUACCUCCUUCCGCUGUUCCAACGACUCUUGGUCCAACCCAGCCUGCACCCGGGCCGCAUCCCCGCGCCCCGGGGCCUGGUCCUCGUGCCUUCCCGAGAAUUGGCCGAGCAGGUGCAGGCCGUGGCCCAGCCAUUAGGCAGCUCCUUAGGCUUGCAGGUGCGGGAAUUAGGGGGGGGGCACGGCAUGAAUAAGAUCCAGCUGCAGCUGUCCAAACAGCCCCCGGCUGCGGUGCUAGUGGCUACUCCAGGGGCUCUGUGGAAGGCCCUGAAAGGGCGACUGGUCAGCCUGGAGCAGCUGUCCUUCUUGGUCCUGGAUGAGGCAGACACCCUGCUGGACGAAAGCUUCCUAGAACUGGUGGACUACAUCUUGGAGAAGAGCCACGUAGCGGAAAGCCCAGCCGACUUAAAAGAUGCCUUCAACCCCAAAGCUCAGCUGGUGCUGGUGGGAGCCACUUUUCCUGAAGGGGCAGGCCAGCUGCUGAGUAAAGUGGCCAGGCCAAACGCAGUCACCACCAUCACCAGCUCCAGGCUCCACUGCAUCAUGCCGCAUGUCAGACAAACAUUUAUGAGACUCAAGGGAGUAGAGAAGGUGACUGAAUUGGUGCAGAUUCUCAAGCAACAUGACAAAGCCACUAGGGCCGGCCCUUCCGGAGCUGUCCUGGUGUUCUGUAAUAGCUCCACCACUGUGAACUGGCUGGGAUAUAUUCUGGAUGACCACAAGAUCCCACACUUACGGCUGCAGGGACAAAUGCCAGCCGCCAUGAGGGCAGGCAUCUUCCAGGGCUUCCAGAAGGGCUCCCAAGACAUACUCCUCUGCACAGACAUAGCCUCUCGCGGCCUGGAUAGCACCCGUGUGGAGCUGGUUGUCAAUUAUGAUUUCCCCUUCACCCUGCAAGACUACAUCCACAGGGCAGGGAGGGUGGGCCGUGUGGGGAGCAGGGUGCCAGGCACUGUCAUCAGCUUUGUAACGCAUCCUUGGGAUGUGAGUCUGGUCCAGAAAAUUGAGCUGGCUGCUCGCCGGAGGAGAAGCCUUCCAGGCCUAGAAUCUUCUGUAAGAGAGCCUUCACCUCAGCAAGCCUGAUGGAGUCUGACUUAAGUGUAGAGCCAGAACAUGGGGCUUUCUCUGUGUCCUCAGGAAAAUAACAAUUUUGGUUGGGGGGAAAUUUAAUGAAUUUUGGAAAGAACUAGACCCCACACAAUGGCUCUUUUUGUUAAUGUUUUGUUUUGUAACCAUUUAGGUCUCACCUUUUUUUUUAAGUUUCUAAGAUGUGCUCAUUAAAAUUUUUACCUGAGGCAUAUA